AAAUGAGACUGGGUGGGUUGGGCUUAGUGUGCCCUCUCCGUGACUCUGACACAUUAUCAUAGAAUUAGGCAUCUCCAGUGUUGGAACUGUUCUUUAUGCUACGUGGACCUUCUUUGUCGCCACACUGUCCUACAGGUGUCAGGCCCAGCCCCGCUGUCUCAGGAAGAACUUGCCUGGUUCUGUGGGAAGGGCAGGGCCUUAAGCCAAACACCUUUAAGAUCUCCCCACGCUCCCCCUCCAUGAUGUCGUUACCAACAAACAAGUCUUCUCUUCGGCUUUUCCUGUCGAGUGUUUUCCAGGUUUCCCUGUGUGAUGCAUCACUUUGGGGCCAAUAGCAAAGGAGCUUGCUUGCAUGAAUACGCAGGAGUCCUGGUGUCCAAUCAGGUUGUGAUGGACUCCAUCUGGUGACUCUUCUAGAUCUCUUUGGAGGAGCUGUGGACAGGAACUCAGCUGCCCCACCUCUCGCUGCCCCGCCAUCUUGGUUCCACCCCCUGUGCCAGGACCACUUCAGAGCAUCCAGGCCCCAGCCGCAGACUACGGGAAAGGCUUCUCGAGAUUGACAGAGAGGGGGAAGAUGACGUCUUCGUCGCUUCUGGAGCUCAGCUCCAUAGAGACGCCCACACUGCUGAGUGAGAUCAAGACAGAGCCUCCCGAGGAGCUCCUGGCCCCCGAAUGCAGCGUGCCCCAGGCUGAGCCGGUGGACCUCUCCCUGCACAAGCCCAAAGCCUCACCCCCACACACGGCCCCACUCUUGCCCUCGGCCAUGCUGGUGGCCCCUUCAGUCCAGCCACCUGUGGUAUCAGUGUCUCCCUCGCCCUCCACCUCUGCCAUCCCAGCUGUGUUGUCUCCCGGCUCCAUCCUGGCCUCGACCCAGGGCAGCAGUGGCCAGCAGAUCCUGCACCUGAUUCACGCCAUCCCCUCGGUCAACCUGCCUAGCAAGAUGGGCAGUCUGCAGACCAUCCCCGUGGUGGUCCAGUCUCUGCCUGUGGUCUACACCACCAUGGCGGCCGACAGCGUGACGGCGGCCAUCACGGUCCCACUGAUUGGAGGCGAUGGCAAGAAUGCAGGUUCUGUGAAAUUAGACCCCAGCUCCAUGUCUCCAGUAGAAGUGCAGAGUGACAGUGAGGACAGCGUAGGGGAGACUGUGUCUGUGUCUGCAGCUUUUCAGGAGCUGCAGAGAGAGUCUGUGGGGGCCCCGUUACAUCACACUGAGUCUCCUGACCUAAAGAAGAGGCGCGUUCACCAGUGUGACUUCGCAGGAUGUAACAAGGUCUAUACCAAGAGCUCCCACCUGAAGGCCCAUCGGAGAAUCCACACUGGAGAGAAGCCAUACAAAUGCACCUGGGAAGGCUGCACCUGGAAAUUUGCUCGCUCAGACGAGUUGACCCGGCAUUUCCGAAAGCACACAGGCAUCAAACCCUUCCACUGCUCAGACUGUGACCGAAGCUUCUCCCGCUCAGACCACCUGGCCCUCCACCGGCGGCGGCAUAUCAUGAUCUCUUGUCCUGCUUCGGAUCAGUGUUUGGAGAAACUGGCAAGUUCCCUGGGAUCUUUCUCCAAGACUGAGCCCCAACAGUGGAACGCAGACGACCAGUUGGCAGCUACUUCAGGGUACCUCCUGCUGCCCACUUACCUGCCAAUGGACUCGGAUGCUGAGUAAGCCCCUGCUGCCUUCCUAGUGUCAGGCCAGCAGGGCUCAUUUAGAAACAGUGUUUCCCAAUACACCAGCAGCCCCCAGGCCCUGGCCUUGUCCUCCUCCUGAGGAGGGGAGAGGAGAUAAGUGGCAGCAAUUCCUGGGGCUUCUCUGCCUCCUCUUAUGCACAGACCACUGGCUGCUGCUGCUGCCACUGGGAAGUCCUGCCUCACUGGCCCUCCCAAGCUGGAGGGUGGCAGGACACAGUUUCUCCCACUGACCUUUCCCUUUUCCCUUUUCAAAGGCCCCUGAGGGGGAGCCAUCCUCACUGGAAGGUUCCGCUGGCCACUUAGCUUUUCUCUCCACCUUUUGCCUGCUUUUUUCUAGUUGGGUGCUUUGCCCCCUGCCUACCAGGGGCCUUCUGGCCUUGCUGUUUGUCGGUAUGGGAAUCUUGGGGGCUGAGCUAGGCUCGACGGGGCCCCUUUCGCACUGAGGGCACCACCUUAUGUCAGUGGACCUGAAAGACCCAGGCCUGACAUUUUCCCACCUUGUCCUCCACUUCCCCCAGAUGGGUUGCUAAUCACAUGACUGGGGACAAGGACUGCAUUUGCAGCGAUUGCCAACCUCCAAGGAAAUGCCCCCAUCGAGGGGUGUCGGGGGCCUGCUCUUUAGCCUGACUUCUAGGUAGGCGUAGCCAGGAGCCGAGGAGCGGAUUGAGAGGAGAACCUCCUGGCACGACUCCUCCCCCUACUUCUUCCCAGACCCGGGAACUUGGGAGCCCAGAGUUAAUGCUAUCCAUUCCCAAAUGGGAUACCUUUUAGGGGAGGGUGCCACGAAGGCCCCCUUGGCACCAGGCUCCCUCAAUAGUGCCCUGCAGUUUGUGAUUCACGGAGAGGCCUGGGAGAGCGGCCAAGGUCCAAGGGUUGGUUUGGGACUCGGAACGAACGCAAUGUUCCCUUUCUGCUUCUGAUGUUCAAGCACAUUUCGGCAGGCGGUCGGGGAGAAGGGUCUUGGGUGGAUACUCAGCUGGGUGGGGGUGGGGGGAUGUCGUGGGGGAUGAUCUGAACUCAGGCCUCGUGAGAUGUUGUUGUUAUGGGCUGGACAAAGCGUUCAUUGCUCAUUGUGUGGUGGGUUUUGAGGUUCUACUCUUCUUGGGAGUGUUCAGCUUGGACCUGUUUCUACAGAGCCUUGGUUAGUGCAGAUGGGUACAUGAAGAUGGGCUGUUUGGCUGCUCUCGGGCACUAGCUCCUGGAGUUAGAGUCUAUUUGGCCAAGCCCAGCCUUGGGGAGAUGUGGGGUGCAGCUGAGAGAGGCGCUGACUGGCUCCCGGUGACUGGCGCUCGCUCGGGCCCUGCCCCUGUGCUUCUUCCCAGAGCCCUCCCUGUACAGCUCUUCUUCUGGGCCACUCUGAGAAGCAGGUGCAGCCCCUCUUUCAUUUCCCUGAAAGGUGGUUAGUCCAGCCUCUUCUCAAACACUGGAAGUGACAGGGAGCUCACUACCUCCAGAGGCAGCCCCUUUUAUCUCCAGGUGUUUUCUUGGGGCUACAAGGCUAACUUCCCCAGGUCUCUCCACCUCCUGGUCUCAGGCACAACCCUUUUCCCAGGGAUCUCUUCAAUGAAAGAAAUAAAAUUAAGUACAAUUUU